GUCAGCCCUCGGGGACUCCCAAAUGGUCAAGUGCCUCUCACGACCUCCUUCCUGUCUGAAGUCCUCAUCCGACAUUACUGCCAGCCUUUGAACACCCCACACGUUUUUAGACUCUCGAGGUGGCUGGCGGAGAGUUAGUUUGAAGGUUGCUGACUCAAGCUUUCGAGGCCGCUUCCCUCAACACCGCCUCGACAGGAAAAGAACCGCCAACGGGAUUAAAUUUAACCUGAUCACUUGUGCAGCAACACCCUACUGAGCAACUUUGGUUUGGGUGGGGUAGAGACUGCAGAACUUUGGAUUUGUCUGGGGGGGAGGACGUUUUUCUACCAUGAAGCAAACUUGGGACAAGGGUGUUUUUGAGAACGGACGGUCCAAGUUUCCAGGGAAUGGAGCCAGAACUACCACUGAACACCUACAGAGCUCCACAGGAGACAAGCCUGAUAAGUCGUUGGCUCCUCUGGGCGGAGCUCUUGGUGGAGUGGGUCAAAACCUGCUGCUGAGUCCCGCCAGUCUUCAGCUGGCUCAGCUUCAGGCCCAACUUACCCUCCACCGUCUCAAACUCGCCCAGUCCACCAAUACAGCUGCCGCAGCAUCUGUCCUCAAUCAGGUUCUCUCCAAUGUGGCCAUGUCGCAGCCGCUGUUCAACCAGCUUAGAGGUUCCGGCAUGCCCCAAGCUCACGGUGGGUCGUUUCCACCACCACCCAUGUCCUUCCCGCCCCCAAACUCAGCUUUGGGAACACUGGUUGGCAGUGGCUUCAAUCCAAAUCCUACUGGGAUCAGGCCUACCACUUACGGUGGGGGGUCCAACCAGAAUGUCAGUCAACACAAUGAGUAUGGUAAAAAAACCGGUACGUUUUUGACGGAAACAGAUCGACGCCUACAAUUUGGAUUUCACGGAGGGGCUUCAGUUGUGACUAGUAAGGCGUGUGAUGGUGGACAAUAUGGAGGAUCUCAACCCAGAAACAACAUCCAAAGCAAUUUUCAGAGAGACUUCUACUCUUCCGAAUCCCAGGUUAAACCAACAGGAUACCUAGGAGGAGUUAGUGAACAAAAUCUGGGAUCUCGGUCUUCAUCAGCUCCAAAGGAUCAAUGGAAAGGCCCGGUCAACCUGGGAAAAAUGGACAUGGGUACAGGAGCAGGUUCUGGCGCUUGGGUACCAACAGGCCCAGGGUUCAUGGGCCAGAGAGCAGAGCUGUAUAACCCUGAGGAACCCACGGCAGAUCCCAAGUUCAACUCAGCAUGUGGCCCAGGAGUUGGUCCAUCCAUGGGGCAGCAAGGAGGGUUUCAACAGCAGCCCCAGCUUCACCAGGGGGAGGAAGGGGUGAGGAUGUCCUUACAACCUCAUCAGAUCAAUGACUUUCAUGGGACAACACCUUCACACCUACCCCAUCAGUGCACCAUUUGUGAGAAGAAGGUUUACAACUUGAAGGACUGGGACCAGCAUGUGAAGGGCAAAUUACAUCUACAGAACUGUUCGCUUUACACCGAGAGCCCGAUGGUCGGAGGAGUGCACUUCCCUGUGUCGUCUGAAGGAUGUCUCAACAUGGCACUGAGUAACACAAUGGCGUAUUCAUCAGCUGCCGGUCAAGAUGUUUCAACUGGAAAUGCAUCAUAUUUGCCUGCCACAGCCAUAAAGUCAUUUCCUCUCACAGGGGUGGGAUUUAAUUCACAUCAAUCUGAAGUAAAGUUUCUUCAGCGUAAAGCGUGUCCUGGUCGUGUCGUCCACAUCUGUAACUUGCCUGAGGGCAGCUGCACUGAGAAUGACGUCAUCAACUUGGGUAUUCCCUUCGGGAAAGUGACCAACUACAUCCUCAUGCGCUCGACGCAUCAGGCUUUUCUGGAGAUGGCAUAUGUGGAGGCGGCUCAGGCUAUGGUGCAGUACUACCAGCUGCAGCCAGCUACAAUCAACGAGCAGAAGUUACUGAUCCGCAUGUCUAAGAGAUACAAGGAGCUACAGUUGAAGAAACCAGGUAAAGAUGUACAGUCUAUAAUUCAGGACAUCAAUUCCCAGAGAGGACGAGAUGAAAUGCAGGAGACUGACAGAUACCUCCCAGAACGAGCAAGAUCGCGCAGUCCGGUGAGCCGUUCUCAAAGUCCUCGCUCUCACAGUCCAAGCUUCACUUCAUGUAGUUCUGCCCACAGUCCACCAGGGCCACCCGGUCGACCCGACUGGAGCAACGGAAUGGGGCCACGGCGGGGCUCCUGGGAUUGGUCAUCCCAUUUGCGUGGUGAUGAUGACCCACGUGACCGAGAUGUCUGGAGGAAUGGUGAGGAAGACAGACCCAAUGGUUGGUUGUCUGAACGCAGGAAGCCCUAUCUUAAAUCAGGAGACCGGAAUAGUCCCCGUAUGGGGCCUGGAGAUGAGCGAGGCAGAGACUGGUACCCUCGUGGAAGUCCUCAGGGUUCCUCUUUCUCCUCCUCUUACCACUCCAUAGAUGACUUUUACAAGAAAGAUUCAUUGUACAAGAGCGAUAAACAAAGCAGGUCGCAACAUCACAGGCAUGAGGGUAAAUCUAAAAGGAGGGAAGGUGGAGACCACAGACCUCGGCAUUCAGAAUCAGAUGUGAUAGAUGACACCAGCUCUAAUCGGAUGGCCGAAGACAGAGGACGUAGCAAGAGGUCGAGCCGGAGGCAAGAGAAAGAAGAGCGGGAGUCUGAGAAUCAGAAAGAAGAAAAUCCAGGCAAAGAAAUAUCUUCCUCUCCUCAUAACAUCAAACCUUCAGAGCCCAAAAAGUGUGAAAGAAAUGGAGACAGUGAGGGUUUAGAUAGUGGAGAUGAUGGAGAGGAAGAGUCCUGGUAUCCUAAAAGCAUGGAGGAAUUGUUGACCGUUGAUGAAGUUGGAGGAGAGGACGACUCCAUUGUAGAGCCUGAUCUACCUGAGCUUCAAGAGGAGGACCAGAACGUGGAGGCUGGAACGCAGGCAGGAGUCAGUCCUAACCCCAGUGAGAAGAACACCCCAAAACAGAGUGAGGAAUCCAGUCUGGACCCUUCCACUCUUCCAACUCUGGAUUUGGCUCUGGAAGAAAGUUCCAUUGGAGCUCAGCCCAGCCCCAAAGAGAUGUCCCCUGCCACGUCUCUUCAAGAGCAGCCCAUCUCACAACUUAUCCAGUUUCCCUCUCAGGAGUUUAAGACAGCUUUGGAGCAAAGUUGUACGUCCACGGAAAUGGAGCCGGACAUCAACGCAACCACACCAGCUGGUCCACCCAACCAUGACAGCUUGUGUGAAAAUGGGAAAUUAACAGACACGCAGUUGAGCAACGAUGAGAGAAAGGUGAUAGAGAUGUACGACAAGAAUCCAUGUCUCAAACCAGAUGGUGAGAAGACAGAUAUCCCUGACACGUCACCUGCUUCUUCAACUCAGACGACAGACGUCUCGGCCAUCUUGCCCUCCCAUGAGCAGCAGAAAGCCAUCAGUGAGCACAGCAUACCGUUAGGUGUUGAGUUCAUCGUGCCAAGGACAGGGUUUUAUUGCAACUUGUGUGGCUUGUUUUACACCAACGAGCAAAUUGCCAAGACGUCACACUGUCGGAGUACAAUUCACUACAGGAAUCUACAGAAGUAUCUAUCACAGUUGGCUGAGGAAAGUCUUUUAAACUUUCACACUGGGUCGGAGAACACGGAAUGAAGCAUAUGUAAAGAGCAGGUUUGCGAAGCAGCCAGGACAACACAAAACAGGAGAUACAGAGCAGCUGUAUCUUUUAACACAUGAGCACAUGAAGUUUUAAGAGUGAUUAGGUAAUGACUUUACUUAAACGGAAAUAGUCAACACAAAAAUGAAAGUUCUUGUAGCAUUAUCGUGUCUUUAAGAAUGUUCACACUUUUGUUUUCCACACAAUAAAAGUGUUUAGGCCUGUUGGGUUGCUCACUUAACAUCAUAAUGUCAUAAAUAUUCAAAUAUCAAUGUCUCAGGGUAUACAAAUAUACAGCGUGAAAUCAAAACACCAGAGUAAUUUUUAACCUAUAUUAUCAUGUGUAGCAUAUAAAACAACACAGAAUGUCAUUUUUUUAUAUAAAAUAUAUUUUCCAAUACAGCUACAUGGCUUUAAAGCACAAAUGUGAAGAUAAAUGUAAAAACAGCAUCUACAUUUGUUAGAAUAACAUUUUUGGAUUCAUGGGCAUUUAAAUGACAUGAACGACAAAUUUUCAUUUUGGGUCAAACCCUUCGUUUGGGUCACUGUCCUUAUACAUAGGACGCAAGAUAAUAUUUGUAUCCUCUAUUGUCCAGCAAAGUAUUUUUAUUAAACUGUGAACAAUAUUAUGUAUCAGAAUGUGAAAAGCACUGAUAAGUGUAGUGUUUACAUCGUCUGCAUCUGCCUCAUUCAUAUUAAGAACUAACUUGCAAAUAUAUAGAUUUUUCUCUGUUGUGUACAUAUAUAUCUUUAGAUUUUCAGAAGUGCCUAAUUUAAAUUUGAAGAGGUAAUUCAGAUUCAUCCUCAGGUUUUUUCGUGAAUGUUUGCCUGUCUUGAUUGCUAUUUUAGUGUUUAAUUAUUAACUGCAGGUCUUGAUUUUAUUUCAGUGGUUGAAUAUUUUAACUUUCAGAGCGCCUUAUCAUUUUAAGUGUAAAGAGACUUCAGUUUUAAAGUGCCUUAGAAUAAAACAGAAAAAAGAUAUUAGCCUACUGUUGGUUAUAUUAUUUUUAUUUUGCUUCAUGUCAUUACUGUACACAGAUCUUUAGGGAUUCUUUAACUGGACCAUGUUUAUUGUUGUGUAGUGUGUGUUGUUAAGAUAGUAUUUUAUUAAAAUAGUUCUGAGACUUUUUUGUUUUAUAUAAUGGCAUCCCGAUUUUUAAAAAAACAGUUCUGUAUAAUUGCUAUGGGUUGCUUUGGUGCAAAUAUUUAAAUAAACUUUAUGGAAAUGACGUUGUCUUGUUGAC